UGUAGCAGAAGCCAUUGAAAACUGGGAACACCUGCCACGGCAGCGGCUUUCUGAAAGAUGACGUCCAACAGCUUUCAGUUGGGUGGAACUGGGUUUGGUAAUGACAAACCACCAUCUACUGGUAGCGGAGAGGGAGAUUUUUCCAAUGAUCCUGCGAGCAACAGCUUCUUUAAUGAGAAUUUUAAACGGCAUGAAGAUUUAAAAGCAAUGUUAGAUGGAAAUAAAGACAACUUGAAGUUAGAUGCCAUGAAAAGAAUCAUCGGGAUGGUAGCGAAAGGAAAAGAUGCCUCAGAUUUAUUCCCUGCAGUAGUGAAAAAUGUAGUCUCUAAAAACUUGGAGGUCAAGAAACUUGUCUAUGUCUACCUGACAAGGUACGCAGAAGAACAGCAAGACUUGGCCCUCCUGUCCAUCAGCACAUUUCAGCGAGCCUUAAAGGACCCCAAUCAGCUGAUCAGGGCCAGUGCUUUGAGGGUUCUGUCCAGCAUUCGUGUCCUCAUGAUCUCACCGAUUAUGAUGCUGGCUAUCAAGGAAGCUGUAAUGGACAUGUCACCAUAUGUCAGAAAGACGGCAGCACAUGCAAUACCAAAGCUCUACAGUCUUGACCCUGAGAGUAAGGAACAACUUGUUGAAGUCAUUGAGAAAUUACUUGCUGAUAAAACAACACUUGUUGCUGGUAGUGCCAUUCAGGCCUUUGAGGAGGUUUGUCCUGAAAGGAUUGACCUGAUUCACAAAAACUUCCGAAAGCUUUGCAACCUGUUGGUGGACGUCGAGGAAUGGGGUCAGGUGGUCAUAGUUGGCAUGAUGACCCGCUAUGCAAGGACCCAGUUUGUCUCGCCCAACCAAGAUGGCACUGGAGAAGAAAGUAAGAAUUUUUAUGAAUCAGAAGAGGAUGAAGACGAGAAAAAGGAUGAAGAGGACAACGAAAAAGAUUCCAAGAAAAAGCCAUACAUGAUGGACCCUGAUCAUCGCCUCCUACUCAGACAAGCCAAGCCAUUACUCAAUAGCCGCAAUGCUUCUGUUGUGAUGUCUGUAGCUCAGCUGUACUAUCACUGUGCACCAAAGUCAGAAGUUGGAGUGGUUGCCAAGGCAUUGAUUCGUCUUCUAAGGGGACACAAGGAGGUCCAGUUUAUUGUUUUAAGCAAUAUUGCCACAAUGACAGUUGCAAGAAAAGACAUGUUUGAACCAUACCUGAAGAGUUUUUAUGUGAGGUCAAGUGAUCCAACCCAUAUUAAACUGCUCAAGCUGGAAAUUCUGACCAGUUUAGCCACAGAGACCAACAUUUCAAUCAUCCUGAGAGAACUUCAGACGUACGUAACAAGUACUGACAAGGAGUUUGCUGCUGCCACCAUCCAAGCCAUCGGCCGAUGUGCCAGCAACAUAGCGGAGGUUACUGAUACCUGCCUCAAUGGAUUAGUCCACUUGAUGUCCAACAGGGAUGAAAGUGUUGUUGCAGAAAGUGUUGUUGUGAUCAAGAAGUUGCUGCAGAUGCAGUCCUCUGAACACAAGGACAUUAUAACACACAUGGCCAAGAUGGCAGACCAGAUCACCGUUCCCAUGGCCAGAGCCAGUAUUCUGUGGUUGAUUGGAGAAUACAGUGAGAGGGUGCCAAAAAUAGCACCUGAUGUUCUUAGAAAAAUGGCUAAAACAUUCAUUAAUGAGGAGGAUAUAGUAAAAUUGCAGAUCCUAAACUUAGCUGCCAAACUCUGUAUAACCAAUUCCAAACAAACCCGUCUCCUCUGUCAGUACAUCUUCAACCUGGCCAAGUAUGACCAAAACUAUGACAUCAGGGAUCGGUCACGAUUUCUGAGACAGCUGAUAAUGCCAGCCGAGAAGGGGCCACUGGCAAAGCAUGCCAAGAAAAUACUGCUGGCAACAAAACCUGCUCCUUUACUUCAAUCUAAAUUUGAAGAUAGGGACCUAUAUCAGUUGGGCACACUGUCACACAUACUGAACAACAGAGCCACAGGAUACAAAGACCUACCAGAGUGGCCAGAGGAAGCCCCGGAUCCCUCCGUCAGGAAUGUUGAACUUCCUGUCCCAGAGGUCAAAGGAAAAACAGAAAGAAAGAAGCCUACAAAGGAGAAAGGGUUUUACUCGGAAACGGAAUCCAGCUCAGAGGAUGAAGACUCUGAUGAAGAAACUGAAGAUUCUGAGGAGGAGGAGGAAGAGGAAAGUGAUGAGGACAGUGGAGCUGAAUCUGAUUCUGAGGAAAGUGAGGAAGAAACAGAGGAGUCAGAGGAAUCCGAUGUUCCUCAGAAAAAUGUUGUUGUCAAGAAGACAGCCAAGGUUGUAAAGAGUGAAUCUGAGGAGGAGGAGGAGGAGUCAUCGGAGGAAAGCUCCUCAGAGGAAAGUGAGGAGGAAAAACAACCACCACCAAAAUCCAAGCCUGGAAAAAAGAAAACAACAAAGGCUGCAGAGUCUACUCAACAGAAUAAUGCAGAUUUACUUUUGGAUCUAGAUUUGUUUGGAUCCACCAAUGGAGUGACCAGUAGUGGGGGUACACCAGGUGAUAUUCUGACCCCAAGCAUGGCUAGUGCCAUGAGUAACUUGUCCAUCAGUUCAACACAACCUAGCAGCUCCUCUAAUUUUGUUCAGCCCAUGAACAUUGCCUUGAAGUCCUAUGAACUCCUAAACAGGAUGACAGGCAAUGGAUUAGGAAUUACAUACAAGUUCACAAGGACUAUUUCUGUCUUUUCACCUAAAAUGGUAUCCAUAGAAUUGACAUUAACAAACCAUGGAGAUAAACCAUUAUCAGCCAUAAAAGUAGGAAAAAAGACUUUACAACCUGGGAUGGAAAUUCAGGAUUUCCCAGAAAUAGCAUCUCUUGGAACUGGGGCAUCCACCUCAGUACUGAUGGCGAUUAAUUUCAAUGACACCACUCAGCCUGCCAAGUUUGAGAUUUGUACAUUAGAACAAACUUUUAAUGUCAGCAUAACAGCACCUGUGGGGGAAUUGCUUCAACCUCACACUAUGGGGCUCCAAGAUUUCACCCAGCAACAAGGCAAAUUAAAAGGAAUGACAGAAAAUACUGGAAAAGUGAAACUAUCUGAGAAGAAAACAGACUCCAAAUCAAUAGUUACCAGUGUAAUAACUGUAGCUAAUAUGCUACAAGUUCCAUCAAGUGAAACAGACACGGUCUAUCGAUUUGCAGCAAAAACUAUGACAGAGGGGGUGUUAGUCCUUGUGUCUGUAGCUGUAAAUGGAGAUUCUGCAAACAUAGUUGUUAACUGUGAGAAAAUGGUCAUAGGGACCAUGCUUCUAAAGGACCUUAAAUCUUUACUUGGACAAAGCUAGAGAAAAUUCUAGUGUUAACAAUUUGAUGACAAUCUGUUUAAAAUAUAAAAUUAUGUGAAUUUUGAACAAGUUAUAUAACAGAGAGAAAGUAGAGGCCAUGUUCAGAUAUGCAUAACUGUUCAGCAGGAUAAAUUUAAAUUUGAUAAUCAUAUUUUUCGUUAAAGUGUCCUAAAUCUUUCAGCAAUUGCAGAAGUUAAUGCAGUCCAGCUUUAAUACAAAUAUGAUUAAUUAUGGAACUCAUCAUAUACAACAGACAUAUACCAGUACAACUACUUACAGUACAGUCAAUUUACUGAUGUUUUCAUUAUUAAUGGCUUUAAAUUAUAUUAAGUGGUCAAUGUUAGUGUUAUUAUAUAAACUGCACAUACAAUAAAGUGUUCAUAACAUUU